AUGGGCCUUGUUCAGAUUUCCCGAACCCGAAUGUCGAUACAGUGUUCACCAUGGCUCGAGCAUGCGUGGCGAAUAUAUCACUCAUGGAACUGUAAUUACAACGGAGACCAUAAGAACUACCUGUUCUGUGUAAUGGUGAAUAAUUGCACAAUUUCGGAUAAUGGCGAUGAGGAGACCGGAACAAGGAAGGUGCAAAUAAUUGAUGAAAAUGGAUGCUCAGUAUUUCCCAACAUCCUCCCGGACGUUACUUACCACGGAGACCUAUCAGCUGGUAUUAAAGUUCAUGCAUUCGCUCUGGAUGUAGAUAGUACAGCUGUUCAUUUCACUUGCAAUAUUAAGAUGCUCUUCAAGGAUCACGACCUUUGCCAACGGCCAAUUUGUCGAAAACAACACAGAUUUUCUAGGUGUCUUCAUUGA